AUGGCUUGGUGGAAGAAACUCGUCAGUAAGUUGAAAAAGUGUAAGCGGACCCGGACUCAGGCUCGAGUGGCUGCAAAGGAAAUUCCGCCAGACCCGCAGGACGGGUGUGAGUCGGGCUCCACGCUUAUGAGACUGCUGGUGAUCUCCUGUGCUGAUACUCCCGGAUUGUGGGAAAUGACCCGUAUCAUGUGGAGUCGGGUGGCGGUCACAUACGGGGUGCCGCUUCUGGAAGUACGCCAGAGUCUUGGGUACGAUAUCGAGUACGUGACCAAAGGCAAAGCAUUUCCUCUAGAGAAUGUUGAUGACGUUAAACUAUUCAUCGAAUGGUUUUGCUGCUAUUUUAAGUACCAACUAAAACAACUUAAACGAACAGGCGACCAUUAUUGGCAGCAAUUGCAACAGGAAGACGGGCGCUAUCGCCAGUACCCGGGCCUAGAUGGCACUACGGUGGAAGUGUGUGGCUCUGAGUGCCGUUACGACGCCAUCAGGUUUGAUUGGAAGUCGUAUUCGGCGCUUUGGGUGGCCGAGUGCUGGACCACUUGCAAAUCACUUAUGCCAUUAUUUAUCAUGCUGAGACUACCGCUGUCGGAGACAAUAAGACUAGCGGUCCAGCAGGCUCUGACUCCAGAGGCUCGAGAGAUUGGUAAAAUGUGGUUUGAAGCGUUCGAGCUCCAUGGCCAGGACCGGUUUUGUGUGCUCGUCGAUGUGUGGCACUUACUCGCCAGUAUCAUUGAGGACGGCGACCACUUGACUCAACAGGUGUUUACUCCUAUCUUAGACCAAUUGUACCCUGCUCUCGAUGUGCUAUCUCUUAAAACUGAGUUCCAACACCAACACCGGCUUUUAAGCAAUGAACUCAGGCAAAUCGAGACUCGUCGCGGCCAGUUGCUCCAACUACUCGACGAACACCAACGCCGCACCCGCAACCCUACAUAA